UAUAUUAAAAAAAAUCUAAGUAAAAAGUUUAUAGUUUCUAGUUCUACUUUUUUUAUAUCUCCAAUUCUUAUAGCUAAAAAAUUUAAAGAAGAAUUAAAACUAUAUAUAAACUAUCAAAAACUUAAUAUUUUAAUAAAAAAGAAUCUAUAUCCACUUCUGCUAAUUAAUAAAAUUCUAAACUAA